ACAAGGAGGCUCCCCAGGGCUGGCAGCUCCAGGCUGCUGGACGUGUCUCGGCAGCUCCGGGAGGUCCGGCAGAGCAGAGCCGAGCCGAGCCGUGCGGGGCCAGCUGGACAUGCUGGCCUGGCCUGGCUGAGCCCAGCCCCACCCCCGCUACCGGGUCACGGAAUCGCAGCGUGUUCGGACCCACGAGGAUCAUCAGCCCGGCCCCGUGUCCCUGCGCAGCAUCCACCCCAGCAUGGAGCCGGCUCCGGAGGUGAAGAGGAAUAGUUUCCCCAGCAUGAACUUUGAAGCAGAGAUUCUGACAACACCACACGAUAAUUCAGAGCUCUACAUGAUCCCUUCCAUGAGAAGCCUCACAGCUGAGGAGUAUGUGGAGGCCUUUAAGUCAUUCUUGGAGCACUCAACAGAGCACCAGUGCAUGGAUGAGUUCAACAAGGAACAAAUGCCCACCAUCGUGGCUGGUCUGGGCACUGGAAAAUCGACCCUCAGCGUUCUGGGAGUUGGGAGUGGCACAGGUGAGCAGGAUUUGAAAAUGAUCAGGAUACUGCAGGCUGUGCACCCAGGGGUCUUUAUUGACAAUGAGAUUGUGGAACCCAACCCACAGCACGUGGCAGCUUACAAAGAGCUGGUGAAUCAAGCUCCAGACCUGCAGAAUGUUUCUUUUAUUUGGCACCAGCUCACUUCCUUGGAGUAUGAACAGCAGGUGAAGGAGAAAGGCAUACAUAAGAAAUUUGAUUUCAUCCAUAUGAUCCAGAUGCUGUACCGUGUGGAGGAUAUUCCCAGUACUAUCAAGUUUUUCCACAGCUGCCUUGACCAUCAUGGUAAACUCCUGAUCAUAAUUUUGUCAGACAGCAGCGGCUGGGCCAGCCUGUGGAAGAAGCACAGGGACUGCCUGCCCGCCACCGACAGCGGCCACUACAUCACCUGCAGCGGCAUCACGGAGGUGCUGCAGAGCCUGGGCGUGCAGCACCGCGUCUACGAGCUGCCGUCGGGCUGGGACAUCACCGAGUGCUUCACCGAGGGGGACGCGGUGGGCGGCCGCAUGAUGGAUUUCCUGACGGGGACCAAGAACUUCCUGGGCACGGCCCCGCCGGCGCUGCGGCGGCGGCUGCAGGCGGCCCUGUGCCAGCCCGAGUGCAGCAGCACCAGGGACGGCAGGGUCAUCUUCAGCAACAACCUCAGCAUGAUCGUCGUGGAGUCCUAG